CAGUCAGUUGGACUGAAGGGAAGUCCGUGGACGCACAGCGAUUGGUGCCUAGUCUACUACAAAUAUACAAUCCCCCAGAUUGAUCUCGUUUCUGCACACACACGCGCGCGCACACACACACACACACAGCUGAUGCCUCGUUGAACAUGCGACUGAGUCACCUGCCUUUGGAUGAAGUUGGAGUUGUCUUCUUGCAGAACAAACACAAUGUGACCAUGUUGAAGCAGUGACUGUUUUGUCAGAUAUCGGAGUACCUGUAUUAUUCCAGUGAAGAGGGACUUAAGAAUGGGGAAACAUCAGUCCAAGCAUGCGUGCAAGCGCAGAGAAAACCCCGAAGGAGACAGUUUUGUGGUGAACGCCUUCCUCCGGAGAGGGAUGGAGGAAUGUGAGAGGUACAGCGCGACGGAUCACAAGCUGAAGAACAUGCAGGGGUUUCCAAAUGCUGAGCUGAAGGAAAGACAAUUCACAGAUCAACACUGUCCCCUAGAGGUGGUCCUUCCUCCAGAGAAGGCUGAGGGCUGUGAAAGCUACGUACAGUACCUGCACCCAGAGGAUGGAGUGCAGGAGAUCCUUAGGGAUUCGUCCAAAGCUCCUGGGAAAAAACGCAUCAGUCUGGAUGACUUGGAGUGUGAUGUUUCUGUGGAGGAUGACAACCGCCAGGAGUGGAUCUUCACCCUCUACGACUUUGACAACAGUGGGAAAGUGACAAAAGAUGACAUGUCCAGUCUGAUGCACACCAUCUACGAUGUGGUGGAUGCCUCUGUUAAUCACUCCUGCCAUAAUAAGAGCAAGACUCUACGUGUCAAACUGAGCGUUACUCCGGAGCCCAGGUGCAACAGAAAAGAAACAGGAACAGAUCGCUUUCACCAAGAAGAGGGACGCUCAGCUGACAAGCGACUGUCCUCCUACGUCAGCAAAGGGCCAAGCAAUGAGGCGCCGGCCCCGGAGGGUCAGAACUACUGUGUGGACGAGAACACAGAGAGGAGGAAUCACUACCUGGACCUGGCUGGUAUUGAGAACUACACCUCCAGAUUUGAGGGUACCACCCCUGACUUCCCACCACAGGAGGCUGACGUUCGAAACCCCCAGAGCCAGAGCCGCUCCCGCUCCCAAGAACCAGAAACCCAAGUGGCUCACCAGCGACGCUCACAGGUCAUCAGCGAUCACUACAACCCCGCUGAGCCUCGAAGCAAGAGCACACACUUUGUCAAAUCUCCCAAAGGAACCUACAAGGGAGGUGGAGGAAAUAACGGGGCGAGCGGAGGCGGCAAAUCCACUAAAUGCCACGGCCACCACCCGCCUGGGCAGAGCAUGCUGCACAGUGGCGGCGCGCCAGGUCACGGGGGUCAGGACGUGUACCACUUGCCACACCAAGCCAGUUCAUCCAGCCACCACCAGCACCCUCUGCAAUACAGCCACAGCAAACGCCUCAGGGCGAAAGGCCGAGAGGCCGCGUCUCCAUCCAAAACCCCGCUGACGCCUCCGUCGCACCCCCAGCAGCAGCCGCCUGCGCACCCCGUGCUGCCGAACCCGGAGAGAGAGCCGGCGUCUGGCCCUCCGGGGGGCCCAGGGUUUGUGGUUCCUGUGGUUCAGCGUCACGAGCACCACCACCACCACGAGCACCACCACCACCACCACUACCACCAUUACCAUCAGACAUGACCGCCUUCAGUGGGGCAGUGACUGAAACCGUACAGGACCAACCACAACCAAAUAACCACCCACACAGCAGUCUGAAGGACUGAGGGAGUGUCUCACGCACUGCCCAGGAUCUUUUUACUCUUCUCUUGCGAGCUAUACAGAUAUAUUCUCAGAUUAGAUGUACUGGGGAAUCGUUUGCUGAUUGUAUUUGGACCGGAAGGGAUGUUUUAUUUCUGAGGUUAUUGUAUAAUAACAGAAGAUAUGUGCUACAGUUUUUGACGUUCAGCUAGAUGUUCUGCCGGGACUGAUGGGACUGUAAACCAGACUGUUGAGUGAGGGUGCAGAUGCCAGUAAGGAACAAAUCAGAGGACUUUUGUCAUUCUUUCCCUCCUGAUGAUGUCGGUUGAGGUCCCUGGAAGCUAUAUGCCAGAGUAGCUGUGUUGUUCUAUGUGAGACCUUUCCAAAACAUGGAUCUCAGGUGUAAAGGUGCUGCUGCUCUUGAGCGAUUCAGAGGCUUUUUCUUCCAGGAGACCUGUUGUGGACAGCGGGGUUUCCUGUUUGGGGGAGAGCCGGGAGGGAGCCGAAUGAAAAUCACCACUGCCAGUUUUAAUGCAAAACUUGCUAUAUGUAUAAAGAAUCUAUAUAUGUAAACAUAUUUUACUGUACAAUUAUAUACAUCUAUGCAUACUUCAUCGAUAUAAUUAUGCAUAUAUUAUAUAUUUUGUCUUUUAUAUAUUUUAAUAAACGUUAUAUUGUUCA